UUUUUCGCGCAACGUCGAUCGCACUGGCACAACGGGGGGCACAUGUUUGCUGCAUGCCAAUGCGCCGGCCCGCAAAACGCGCGACUCCAAAGUUCUGCCUGCUGGCCUAGCUUUAGUUUUCAGAGCAUCGCGUUGACACGAUUUCGUCUGUUUUCUCACGAUAAUAUAAUAAGUCUGCUGCGACUCUCUGGAGAGUGUGUAUACAAUAUUGAGCUAGUCUGAAACAGUUAUAGUAAAACGAGCUUGAUAGAUUUUUUUGCAUCAUGCAGAACUCGACGUUACUGGAGCCCUGGGACGCUGGCUUAGGAGCUCAGGAGCCAUGGCCACAGCCGAUUCAUCUGUAUCAACCUUACGAGGUCGAGCAAAUACUUCUGCCGGACAAUGCCAAUUGUUUGGCAGUACAGGCCUAUCUGAAGAUGUGUAAUCUCGAUUUUACGAUCGAACCCAGAUGGAACGCCGAGUUUAUGUCGCCCUCUGGACGAGUGCCCUUCAUCAAAUGUGGAGCCUUCGUCGUGCCGGAUUUCGACAAUAUCGUCUCGUUCCUCAACAGCAAAGGCACCAACUUGUCUGAGAGUCUGUCGUCUGAAGAUAAAGUCAACUUGAGGGCCUUCCUGUCAUUGGUCAAUAAUGUGCUUUACAACUCGGAGCUGUACGUUACUUGGUAUCACAUGGAUACAUACAAAACCAUUACCAAAGAGAGGCAUGGUAGCGUUUACCCAUGGCCCCUCAAUCAUAUGCUGAAUUGGCAAAAGAGAAAUCAAGUUAUCAAAAGGCUCAAUAUUUUGGGCUAUAAAAAUAAAAAACUUGAUGAUGUGUUUGAGGAUGUUAAGAAGUGCUGUGAAUCGCUUUCUGAAAGGUUGGAGGAUAAACCAUAUUUCUUUGGAAACAAACCUAAUGAAUUGGAUGCAUUGGUAUUUGGACACAUUUUUAGUAUCAUAACAACGCCGUUAACUAACAACGUUCUGGGAUCAAUAGUCAGAAGCUAUCCUACGCUCAUUCGACACUGCAGAGAUAUUGAGAAUAGCAUUUUUUCACCUCAUGCUAUAGGGAUCAAUAGUAUUAUGAACUCAUGAAUUGGAGACAAGAAUUAUGUAAUGGGGUCACUACUCAUGAAGAAACAGUCACAUUCACGAUAUACAGAUAACAAAGAUUUCCUUGUGUAUAAUAUUUUUCAAACAUAUAGAUUUACAAUUUUAUUCAAGUACCUGCCAUAAUAUAAAAAAGUUAUAGAACUCUUAAGACCUAGAGUAAGACCACAUUAAUCUUGAAAAGAUUAUACAUUGAAUCUUUUGGUGCCAAUGUGAUCUGAAGUAAAUUUUUUAUGAAAACUUGUAGAUACACUACUGAAGGUGUAAAGUGUAGUACAAUAAUGAAUUUUAUGAUCAAAAAUGCUAUUUUUAUAAUUUUUUUUUUUAAAGAAUUUUUGAUAUUUAUUUUUUUUUUUUACAAUAGUAAUAAAAAAAUUAUGCUUAAAAUCAGUUCAAUCUAUAUCCUGCUUCUUUAAAACAUCCUACCAACAUGAUUCUAGUCUCUGAUUCACACUUUCACUUUAUCAGGCUUUUCUGA